AUUGUCCCUCUUAGAUGGCGGCGUCCAUGGUCUUUUGAGCCAUCUGAAGCGUGAGUGUUUGGCUGAUAUUAGACAAGCUUCGCGCUUAAUGCUCGUAAUUCGGUAUGGAGUCAUCCCAGCCAGAUGGUUUGGUGAUGAAGUUAAAGGGUCAGGUAAAUGAUACAAAAGAUUUGCCACUACUAGAAGGUAAACCUUGUUACAAUGGUAAAGACUCAGAAGAGGAAGAAUCAAAACCUGCUGACCAGGACUGUGCCGUAUCCAAAGAGAACUCACCGCCCCAGCUGAGUCCCAUUUCACCAGCUUCAAGUAGUGACACUGUAGACUUAGCUGAAAAUGGUCUUCAGAAAUGUAAAGAGAAGCCUGUAUCCAAAGAAGAAAAUAUCGAAAAUAGUGAAAUUGUAGCAAAACUGCCUAUAGAGGGGACCAGCUUUAUUACAGAAAACAAAAAUGAGGAAUCGUCUGUAGAGAAACUGAACAAUAAAGAGUUAACUAAUACUGAUUUAACAAAUGCUACUCAGAAUGUACCUACCACAGAAUCAUCUUCAAAAAAUGCAAUGGAUUGUUCAGGGGAUGCACCUGUUGUCAAAGUAGAUUCUACUAAAGAACUAAGACAAACUGAGGCACCUGUGUUAGAUGGCAAAGUUAGUCCAAUAAAUGAAACAAAAGACAAAAACACAGAGGACACAAACAAUUUAUUGACAGCUAGUAAUAAAAUUGUUGAAACUUCUACGGAGAAACAUGAAACUGCAGAUAAACCUGAAAUCAUUCCAACUCCAAUGUUUGAGGACAUUACUGAAGAUGAAGAUUCAGAAAAUGAUGAAUCUUUGGAAAAUAUUGAAUUGGAACUUGAUGAUUUAAUUGAGCCUUUAGAACUAUCGAAAAGUGGCUGCAGUAGUGAUAAAGAAAAGUUUGAAUUUUCCCCCAACGCUGAAACAGACAAAGAUGUUCUUGUGCUUGAUAACAAUAUUGUUAAAAGUAAGAUUUUGGAAAACAUAAACCAAAGCAGUGUUGAAAAUAUGGGAACUUCAUCUGUGGCUGUGUCUGAUGUUAAAUCUACUGAUACACUUGUAUCAAAUUCUGAAACAUCAGUAAAAGAGGAUGUGAGUGGUAAAGAAGUGCUUGGAACAACUGAUGCUGUGAUACAAGAAAACUGUCCUGACGUCAAAGAAAGAGAAGGUAAAGUUAUACAACUGUCUGAUUCUAAAGCAGUGAAUGGGACAGCUGGAGCUCCUCAGGUUAAAAAACCAAAGGUCACCGCUAGAAAGUCAGGCAAACCCGAGUCUGUUCCCUUAAAAAUAAACCUACACCCUAUCAAAAACAUUACAAUGACAUUGUCAGAAGUAGAAAAGGCCUUAGAUUUCAAUCCUGCUCGGGAUCUAGAGAGUUCCAAACUGAAAAGCACAGAGAGCUCCAAAACAAACUACACAUCCACAGACACUACGCCACUGGACUGCAGUUCAGAAAACAGUGCCUUAAAAAACAUUGCAGGUUUAAAAAAGAAGAGGAGAAAGAAAACGUACGACUUCCCAGGGUGUAAGAAAAAGCCUAGAAAGUUGAAAUCAGAUGAGAUGGAGAGCGUAGGCUCCUCAGCAGACAGUUUUUCUCUAUCUGAUGGAGAUUUUCCAGACACUGAUGUAAAUAAAGAAGCUAGCUUUCAGGAUAAUGAGAGCUCUUCUCUACCAAAGAAACCUGAAUCAGCUCUAGAUAUUCUAACCAAAAAUGCCUAUUUAGGUUUUACCAAAAAGCCUAAAUCUUCAAUUUCACCAUCAUCAUUGUCUUCAUCCACAUCUUCAAAGCCCACAUCUGGGAAAAGCAACAAAAUAAGAACUGUCUUAGAAAUGCUUCAUGAAAGAAGCAGACAAAAAGCAGAAUCAGAAGAAAAAAAGGCAGCUUCAACAACGCUUACAACUCUUAGUGUGACUUCUAAUUCGACUACGACCACAACGACUAUUCUUGUUUCUCCACCCCACAAUAAACCUGUUGUAGAAGGUUUAAAAAGAAAAGGAACGCCAAGGAAACGCAGAGAGGAAGUUAUUUGUCUGUCUGAUUCAGAUGACAGUGAUGCAAAGAAAAAUUCAUUAGUUGAAGGAAAGAGGAAACGGGAAUCUCUAGAUGAAGUUUCACAAGCAUCAAGCCCAUCACCUCACAAGCCAUCUCAGCAUACAAAGAAUAAGAAUGUUAGCUCCACUUCACAGUCCCCAGUAGUCAUGGUGGUCGCUCAGCACUCAGUGGCACCUGGCUUGCGGUCAUUACUUCCUCGCCAGGCACCUGCCAUGUCAUCCAAAAGUGUUCAACCCCCAGCCAGCAAUUUGCUCAAUACUAUUCCACUCAUCUCCACGCUACCAAUGGGGGCAAAGGCAAUCAGUAUAGCUAACCUACCUCCAGGUGUGGCAGUGCCCUUGGCCUCACUCCCUCAGGGAACCCAACAGGCGAUGACAUUUUUUGCACCUGUUCCAGCCGUAACAGCUAUCCCUGUUUCUUUUUCACCUGGUCAGAUGAGUGUCAAUUCUCCAAAACAAGUGCAUGCCACACAUAAGACUGCUAGAGGUGGCUCAGUGCCAUCAUCACCAUCUGGGAAAUCUGCCAAAACAUCUUUAUCCCCUAGUCAUACUAGCUCAGACUCACUGAGAGCUCUCCUGGUUGGGAAACCAUACACUUUAGCCAGGGUCUCCUCAGCUAGUGCCACACAGCUGGCAACAUCGCCCAUGCUGUUUCAGAUGGUAACCACAUCUGGAGCCAGCCUAGUCCCCAUAUCAGCACAGCCUUUAACACUGACUCCUUCCUCUUCAAGUGUGGGUAACUCCAUGCUCAAGCCUGCUUCAGCUGUUGCUGGGUCCAAGACCAGUUACUCUUUAAUUAAAUCGCAUCCAUCCAACCUGCCAAACGGUGUUUCCUGCUUAACCCCGCCAAAGACACCAGAAACAGACAGCUCAUCAGAAGUGGUGGUUGCAGCAUCUCUAAGCCGGCCAGUAGCUGGUCAGGUUGAAGACAGUGAAGUCAUUCCUUUAUGUUGCUGUAAAAUAAAUGGGGCUUCGUUUAAUAAACUUUUCUCUGGUGUCACAUACUGUCAAGCAUUAGACACAGUUGAUAAUAAGGUUUUAGGGUGCUGCAAUAAAGUAACCAAUACUCAGCUAGUGAGACCUGGUGUCAAGAUUCCAUUCAUGGCAGUGUGUGAGGUACAUCGCAGGCGACUUAAGCUCCAUCAGUGCUGUCCAGGCUGUGGACACUUCUGUUCACAGGGUAAAUUUCAACAAUGCAGGAAGGAAGGCAAAUCAUCAGUUCACAAUUUUCACAAACAGUGCAUGUUUUAUAGAAGUGGUAAAUAUUACUGCCCCCACUGUGGGGAAGAGACAACUCAGUGUGAGGUGGAACUAAAGCUGAAUGAUCAGAAACCAGAGGAAGGGAAGGUCAUACCACAGAGAGUGACCAAGAGGGAUACAGAACGAAAGACUGCUAGACUUGGUUUUAGAAAUUUUGUGAAGAGUAAGUCUACUAAUGAACAGCCUAAGGAGACAAUUUCUCUUUCAAACAAUAAAGUAAUCAACAUCGGAUCUUUACCAUUGGGACCUGACCAUCAAGCUCUUUCCAAACUUUGUCGUUGCACUGCAGAAGACAGGCCUAAAAAAUACAGAACUUUACCUAAAGACUUGUACACCCCAGCAAUGGAAGGAGAUUUGGAAAAAGUUUUCUAUUUAUUGAUGGAUGGUGUGGAUCCCAAUAAGCGUUAUGAAGAUCAUGAUGAUCAGACAGCAAUGCAUGCCGCAGCAAUCUCUGGAAGUCUUGCUACAGUGUUUAUUCUUGAACAGUAUGGUGCUGAGAUCCAUGCCCAAGAUAGAACUUUACGAACGCCUAUGAUGUGUGCAGCUGAAAAUGGAAAUCUUAAUGUUGUUCAGUUUCUUAUAAAAGCUGGAGCUAAAGUUGAAGAUAGGGGAGAAGAUGGUAUGACAAGUCUACACUAUGCAGCAAAGGCAGGCUAUAUUGAUAUUAUCCAACACAUUUUAGAAGCAGAUAAACUGGAUAUUAAUAUACAGGAUGACGGAGGAUGGACACCUAUCAUUUGGGCAACUGAAUCGCAAUUGGCUGACAUUGUCAGAUAUCUAUUGAAACAAGGGGGAGACCCUAAUAAAAAAGAUAAUGAAGAAAAUACUGGACUUCAUUGGGCAGCUUUUUCUGGAAGUUUAGAAAUAGCUGAGAUGUUUAUAGAUAUGGGCUGUGAGAUUGAUGCUAUCAAUGAGCAUGGAGAUAGACCUCUUCAUAUAGCUGCCAGGCAGGACCAUUAUGAUAUAGUUGUCUUAUUACUGGCACGGGGUGCUGAUGUUGAUACAAAAAACAAUAAGGAUGAGACACCUGUUGAUUGCUGUGUGAACAAGGCUGGACAAGUAUGGAUGGCAUUGAAAGUUAAUCAACAGUUAAGGAGCUUUGCUGCAAGAAAACUUAUACAACCAGAGAGGCUUGUUGAAAGGGAUAUCACAAUGGGAAGGGAGAAGAAUCCAAUUGCUUGUGUGAAUUCAGAAGAUUCUGAACCAUGUCCAACAGAUUACUUGUAUGUAACAGAAAACGUAGAGACAAGCCCUCUCAACAUUAACUAUGUUAUAACUAGUCUACAGAGUUGUAGAUGUAAAGAUGAUUGCUCUUCCAUGUACUGUGUAUGUGGUCGCAGUAGCAUCAAAUGCUGGUAUGAUAAGAUGGGCCAUUUUCUGGAAGAGGUGAAUCUGUUGGAACCACCAUUAGUGUUUGAAUGUAAUAGGGCUUGUAGAUGCUGGGUUAAUUGUAAUAACAGAGUUGUCCAAAAUGGAAUUACGUGUAGACUACAGAUGUUUAGAACAAAUGGUCGUGGCUGGGGAGUGAGAACUCUUAUGGACAUACCCCGAGGGACUUUUGUUUGCGAGUACAUUGGUGAGUUGAUAUCUGAUUCAGAAGCUGACAGGAGAGAAGACGACUCAUAUUUAUUUGAUUUGGACAAUAAGGACGGAGACACUUACUGUAUAGAUGCUCGUAAAUAUGGGAACAUAAGUCGUUUUAUCAACCAUCUUUGUGAGCCCAAUUUGAUCCCUGUGAAGGUGUUUGUGGAACACCAGGACCUGCGCUUCCCCAGGAUAUGUCUGUUUUCUUCUAGGGAAAUAAAAGCUUAUGAAGAACUAGGGUUUGAUUAUGGUGAAAAGUUCUGGAUGAUCAAAUGGAAACACUUCACAUGUGCAUGCAAAUCAGCCAAAUGUAAAUACUCCAGCGAGACCAUAAAGAAAACGCUAGCAGAUUACAAACUGCGUUACCCAGAUGAAGUGGUGGAUGUGUGAGGACCCAGCUGGAGCAUCUAGUUGGUGUCUUCUGGCUAGCUUAACUUGUAAGCUCAAACUGUGAUUUAGAUUUAUACACUUGUUCAUAAGUAGACAUUCUUACAGUGGUGUACUUUUACUUAAACAUUCAUCUUGUCUAAUACAUAACUAACCAUUGUUCAGACUGAAAUUUUGAUAGCAGAGAUAAUGUUUGUGUUCAUGUACUUGUUGUUGUAAGUUGAAUAACAUUGUUGGAAGCUUCAGACUUUGGUACUGAAGAUAUAGUGCUACAUAAGACUUUGUUUAACUGCUUAGUCAAUAUAUUUUUGAGAUCAUUACUUCAUUUUCCAAUUGCUGGUUCAAAGAAUUGCUUUUAUUCCCUUUUUGUUUACAGAGUUUUAAAAACGAUUAAAUAUGACACAUUAUAUAUACAACAAAUUGUAUUUGGUACCAAUGAUUUUAGGUUGGUUUUUUUUUUUUUAAUGUAAAGUAGGAUAUAAAUUAUUUGUACAUAAACAAUGAAAUACUAAAAAUUUGAACAGGUGCAAGAUGUAUGGUUUUUAAAAGGAUUUUAAAAUAGAGCAAUUUAUGACACAAAUUAAACCACAGAAAUCCCAUUAUUAUAUACUUGCCAAAUAAUUUGAAAACUGAUUACUAGCUAUUAAUAUUAAAACUGAAUUAGUCUUUUUAAAUUAUUAGUAUUUUUAUGUGACCAUCAAAAUUUUGAUAUAAAAUGUGUGAAUGAUUUUAGAAUUUAAAAUGUAAGCUUGAGCAGCAAACUUCUUUUGAAUGAAUGCUUUAGAGAGUUUGUUCUUGCUUUCCAUUAAACUUUCUGAAUUCAUCACACUAAACAGCUGUAAAGGUGCUUUGAUUGUACACUGUCGAGAUAUUUGUGUAUAGCAGUCAUUAGACUUGGACUAAUCAUUAGUUCCUUAGAAACUCUCAUCUUGCAUGCCAUUGAUUUUUUGUACUAAUGAAAUACCACUUGUUGGACCUUCCUUGAACUUGACAGCAUUUUAUCAUGAGAGAUAUGAGCAUCAGCAUUAUGUUGUUUGCCACCUUGCUGACUUACUCUCUCCGUCACUCAUCAUCUGUUAGAACAGUGGGUUCAUUUUUAGGGCUUUUGUUUAAAAUAGAUGUGAUAUUUCUUUCUAUUAGUAAAACAAUAAGUUAUUAGUAUUUGACUAUUUACUAUACAAGCAUGUUUCUAUAGCCAGUAUUGUUGUUAAAAAUCAGAAUGAAACGAUUAGGCCCGAAAGCUAAUCAGAUUUCUUAAAACUGGUUAACAUACUAUUUCAGCAGUGCUAGCUAUAUAAAUGUGUUGGUUGGUUGAUUAAAUAUUAAGUGGCUGUUAUACAUUAUGAAGCCUACUUUUUAAACUAGUAUAACAUACCGAUUAGUAGCUAGUAAUGAAAUGUUCAAUAAUGAAAUUUCUACCUCAGUUCAUUUUUGUUUUCUAUUGCAUUCUAUGGUUAAUGUGGUAGCAGUUUUAACUGCAAUACCAAUAAAGAAAUCUUCUUGGUGUUUGGGAAUUUGCUAUCUUCAAAACAAAAAAGUGGCAUUUUUUUUAAUUGGCUAAGCUCUUACUUUUAAACUUGUAAUGGAAUUUUUACUUACGUUUGUGUUUUAAAAUUUUUAAUGUAAGCUCCAUAGGAACUGAGAAGUCUUGUAGAGAUUACCCUGGCAGCAUUGAUUUUUAUGUUAGCAAGUUUAUAAUUUUAUGUUAAACCCUGAUCCACAUCAAACAUUUUUUGUCAUUCACAUGCAUGGUUUUUCUUUUUUUUUUUUAAGUCGUAACUUUGUUGGGCAACUCAUUUCACAUUGUAUAUUCUUAUUGUAAUAUUACAUCUUUACUUCAUGACCACCUCUUCUUUCCAUUUUCUUACCUUAAGCUUUGCUCAGAUGUUCAC